CCACUGUUUAUUUCAUUUCAGACUCGCGACCCCAGAUUGACCCGUCAAAAUUUGACAUGGACGAGGCAGAGGCUGCCAACAUGCUGAUUUCAUUGGGCAACUCGCGAUCGGGAACGCCGUCUUUCGCACCGAUACAGCACCACUCGGCUCCCCAUUCUCCCCGAUCUGCUUCCAAGACCCCUUCGCCUGCUCACUUUGGCCACCGCAGCCAGACUACUUUCAUGCCCAUCUCUCAGAUGCAACACGGUUCUCACUCUGGCACUCCAAGCCGCUGGGGAAGCAGUACUCCAAUCUCUGGCAGAUCAUCUGAGGUUACGUCUCCUAGACUCCAGCUUGGUCACAGCUCCGGCUCUACCCCAACUGUUCAGACGGGACUCAAUUUCGCCACUCCGGUCAGUCCUCACAAGCUCCAGAUUCGUAUGGAGCACGCCAAACGCGAGUAUUCCAGGAGAACAGAUAGCCAGGACUCUGGAGUGGAGCUCAGUGGUAGCACCCCCAAGUCACCCGUCUCGGCCCAGCUCUCUGGGUCUUCAUCGGUCACGCCCAGCCAGUUGUCAGGACAGCACAUCUUAUCGCCGGUCAACGUCGCCAAGCAGCAGCAGCAAAGAGCAGCACCGACACAAGUUCAGCAGCACCUGCAGCAACAGCAGCAUCAGCCUCAAGGAGAGAAAAGCCACUUUGAGUUCCCUCCACCACCGUCUGAGAACAAACUGCGAGCUGCACUCUUGGCUCCACCAAAUCAGACGAUGUCUGGAAGCAUUCAUGUCCAGGCAACCCAGACAAGCCCCAGUAAUGAGAAGACCAGUAAGGUAGCGCUAUCAAAGGAAGGACAUUCAGGAGAUGAUGUGUUUGUACAGGAUAGCAGGAGGAAGCACAAGAGUGGUGACCAGGGGCGGGAGGUUCCCACGCAAGGGGGGCGGAUCGUACCCCAAGGGGAGCAACAGGUGGGUCAAGCCCCACUGACACCGUCGGCCUUGAUACCACUGGCAUCAAAGGCCGCAAAGGACAACAACAGCAAAGGAGAAAAGAAAGAUGGAAGUGCACAAGUUGUUGUCCCACCAGGUCACGUGCCUGUCUUCUACUGGCAUUCUCUGGUCCCGAUCUUCAACAUCAGCCAUCCCUCCGCCUCCUCCUCUCCAACACCCAGUGAGGCCCAAGCCAUACCUGUCAAUCAACAAGCAGCAACCAAUCAGAUGCAAGGUGAAACGGUGAAGCUGUCUGGGGUGAGAACAGUGCAGGGAACAACCAUCCUGGGCAAACACGAUGGCCUCCUGCCAAAGAGAGAGGAAGGACCCAGUGCAUUCACCUUCCCACCCACGGCUGGUAGCGUAUCUCCUGGUAAGAGACGGUCACAGUCCCUUAGCUCUCUACCCAAAGAUGAGAAGGAACCUCGCAGUCCAAGGAAGAGUCGAGAUAAAGACCACGUGAGGCGUCCAAUGAAUGCUUUCAUGAUCUUCAGCAAGCGUCAUCGAGCACUGGUCCACCAGAGACACCCUAACCAGGACAACAGGACGGUCAGUAAGAUCCUAGGAGAAUGGUGGUAUGCACUCAAGCCCAAGGAGAAACAGAAAUACCAUGAACUGGCAUUCCAGGUGAAGGAGGCUCACUUCAAGGCGCAUCCAGACUGGAAGUGGUGCAGCCGAGAACGCAAGAAGUCCUCCAGCGGCGGGACCGGCGCUCAUUCCACCAGCCCUAUGGCUAGCCCUGGUCCCUUGACUAGCCCAGGCCCUCUGACCAGCCCCUGUCCCGUCACCAGCCCUCUCCAGCUUCUCUCCCCUUCCCAUCACAUGAUGAGCCCCCUGACUAGCCCACUCCCCAUGAUCAGCCCCAGUCAGCUGACUAGCCCAAACUCCUUGCCUCGUGCUAGCCCGAGCUCGUUGCCUCACGCUAGCCCCAGUAGGAUGAUGAGUCCUGGAAGGCUCAGGAGUCCCCUGCAUGGGGAGAUCCACAAGGAGAAGAGGAGGCUCUUUGAGUCUGAUAGUGCGGACUCUGGUCCAAGUCCGGCCUGGGAACCUGUCAAAUCCGAUUCAGACAGGACCUCCGCCCUCGUCACCAUCCCCGAGCAGGAGAAGAUGCCGCCCUCUACCAUCAAACAGAGUCCAGUGCCCAUGGAGCGUUGUCAGUCGGCGGCCAUGUUGCAGCUCCCUCCUAAGAAGCGCUCUCUGAGUCUGAGUCACAUGACAAUGGGAAGCCCGACCAACAUCCAUUCUCCAAGGCCGACGCUGCCCACGCCCAAGCAGACGACGCCCAAUCCCGACAGUACUCCCGGCACUGCCUCGCCCCCUAAGGCCAAGGCAGGGGACGAGCCUUCUAGCAUCAAGCCUCUAGCACCCCUCACCCCUCUCAAGCAGCGCCCCAGGCCAAGGCUGGAAUCGGAGGAGACUCUGAGCGAUGAGGAGAGGAUGGUGAUCGAUGAGGAGGGUGACGAUGAUGUCAUUGUGGCCGCUGAUGUAGAGAAGAAGAAUUUACCACAAAGCAAACGCAUCGAUCUGGAAUGCAAGGAAAAUGUGGAAGACAGUGAUUCUGAGACAGAAUCUGAAAAUGAGACAACGAUUGAGAACAAAGCAUUCCCUCAACAGCGCUUUUCGCCAGUCAUGAAACAGCAGCUUCCACCCUCGGACAAGCCCUACAGGCCUAAGCCAAUCAAAAUCAAGCCUGAUUCAAACUCGCCAAUCAGGACUGAGAUAGGUGGGGAUCAGACAGAUGGUGCAGCUUCGCGACCGGUGACGUCGAAGAGUACGUUCCAGCCCACCGGUGCUGUGUUCAAGGCACACUCUCCGCGCGGGAGGACCGAUGCUGUCGGGGGGAGCAAAGCGAAAGCUUUCCAUGAGUAUCAUCCAUGGAAGAAAGGAAGAGCUGACUCUGGUCAGCCGCAAAAUGUGUCAAACUCAGAGCCUGCUGGACAGGAAAAGACAAAUGAACCAAAGGAAAUUCAGGGUACAACGCAUCAGGGAUUUGAUGAUAGAAGUGCGAAGGACCAGAGGGACACUGGAGUCUCUGGACAAGAGCCUCAGCAUUCCACACCCAGAGAGGCACUGGUCAGAAACACUCAUUCGGUUGGAUUGCCAACCACCGUGCGCAUUGCACCAAGCCCAGGGGCUGUGAUCGUACCUGGUCAUGUGACGAUAGCUCCAAACAGGCCAUCGUCUACUCCGGCCAACUUUAACCAAUCAUUGCCAACAUCUGUCAUCGUUGCAAGAACGACGGAUAUCCAAAGCAAUGUCCAAGGAGGUGGAAAUUUGGCGACGUUGGUGCCGUCGACGGUCCAAGCAAUCAUGAGCAGAAGAUCUACCUUGCAGCGGGCGUCCAGUAUGGAGUUCCAGAGUGGUGUGGUGCAGAUCGGGAGACCAGGUGGACUCACAAGUGUGACUAUUGCUUCACCCAGUACACCAACGACUCCUAAGCCAGGAUUUGCAAAUAUCAAGCCCCUCACCACCAACAUGAUCGCAACGAACGCUGUCAAUGUCAAUACGAUUCAGGGGAAGAUACUCGCAACCCCACCUCCAGCGGAAGCACCGUUGCAGGUCCCGACGACUCCAACCGUGCUGACGAACUUGGUCUUGAAGCCGAAUGGGAGUGUGGUGCCGAUGCAGACGUACAACAUGACCCAGAAUCCUGCUAUGGCGCAGCUCCAGUACAUCCUGCCCUCCAUUCCUGCACAUAUCAACACGGGUUCAAAGGUCACAGGUACCACCAAUGUCCAGGUCGGGAGUCUUCAGCUUACCCCGACCCAACCUCAGUCACAGGUGACCAUCAAGGCCGUACCCCAGCCAAACCAGGUCACUCUGGUGACCAAUCAGGCUCCAGGGGUUGCUCCACAUGCAAUAUCGGCUACGUCCAUCAACCAUGCUGCACCCAACACAGGCAUGAUAACGCAACAGAUCUUCAACCAUGGAAACAUCCAUACGGUUAUCCCAGUGAUCACGACGCAACCGCUACCGAUGAACCUAGCCCAGCAGGUCGUCACUGUGUCGCAGUCCUCCGGCUAUCAGUCCUCUGGCUAUCAGACCUCCGGCUAUCAGACAUCCGGCUUUCAGACCUCGGGCUAUCAGACCAACAACUUGACUGCACCUCAAACUCAACAGAGAGUCACAAUAGGUCCCGGGGCGAGCUCACAGCCGGUCAACAUCAUCACCCAGCCCUGUAGCCCAGUGGUCACUGUGGCCGCAGCAGGUAUGGGCAAGUGCACUGUAUCCACUCAGGCACUGACCAUCGCUAAUACAGCGCUUCUCACGUCACAACAGCAGCAGAGAUUCGUCUUGCCACACGGUCAAAGGACUGUGACGUAUGUACAGCCAGCACACGCUGCCUCACCCAGCCCUAUGAUCAUCCAGCAAGGAGACGCACUGAGAGGGAACGGAGGUAAGAUCCAGGUACCAGCUCUGAUCCAACCAGCCAUCAUGCCAGUCAAGACUGCCAACACUCAGGGUUCAACUAAGAUUUUACCAGCAACCAAAGCUCCUGUGCAGCCUCAGCUGCAGCUCCCCAUCGUCACUCCCAAACCUGUCAAGACGGUACCUCCUCUCAACCCAGUCUUCAACCUCGCCCCUUCCCACCAGCAGACAUCCCACCCAUCUCAACAACCCAUCACCGGUAUCGUCAUGACGACCAACCCCGCCCAGCAGACAUCCUCCUCCUCCUCCUCCAUGUACGCCACGCCCUCGUCGUCCUCGUCGAUGACGAUGUUUGCGGCCCCGCAGCCAGGCAUGAUCCCGUCGGGGAUGACGCUGUCGACCACGAGCACCACCACGAGGCAGGUGAUGAUGCAGGGUACGACUAUGGUCGGGCAGCCCAUCCCGAUCACAGUGUCCAUCAAGCAGGGCGAUGCAGCGCCCUCUAGAGGAACCAUCAGCGGGAUGUUACAUCAUUCCAACACCGCACCCAUCUCAACAAUAGGUCAGCCACAGCUUCAGAUUGAUAACUCGAGCAUCCAGCCCGGCCCCAAGAAGAUAAAAGCCACUCUGGCUACCAUCCCCGUCGUUACCACCCUACCUCCCCACAGCCCUUCAGGGAUCGCCCGUACGACCAUGGGCGCUACCAUGCAGAUAGGCCCCUCCAACGGCACCGUCUUCACCUCGGGGGGCAUCCCCUCAGCGAGCGUGGGCUACGCCAGCUACGCAAGCUACAAAGCCAUGCCCAAGCUUGCACCCAUCCAGAGUGCAUCAUCCAGUGAGAAAGGGGCAGGGAAGAGGAGUGUGAUCAGCGGUGGUGGGAAAGAGGGUAGUUCAGACAAGAGUGCAGUUCCGGGGAAGGUUGACGGGCAGAGUGCGAACAGGCAGGGUGCCGAUGAGAGUCGUGCUCAUGUGGCGCAGCCGGCUCAAAGCUCGAAGUAUAUGACAAGAAAUCGUCAGGAGGACUCGAGAAAAGACUCCCAAGCAGAUACAAACAAAAAGAGUCUGAACAGGGAGGUGAAAGCAAAUAGGAGAGAAGGUGAAAGGCCUCAAACCCAUUCACAUGUGAAUGAUAAACCUGCAAUGAGAGGAGAUGAUGAUGUCGAGAAGCCGGGUACAGACAGAUCGGAAACGGACCAAUCGGAGACUAUCAGUACUAACCAAGAAACUAGUGGACAGGAUGCAGGUCAUGAGGAGGAUGGAGGUCAUGAGGGGUCAAAGGGCAAGCUGCAAAGGUCAUGCAAGGGUCGACUGUACAAAAAACACAUGGAGGAGAAUGGCAAGGGAGGCAAACCUCCAAGGAGAGAAACUAGGUCCAGCAAAUCAGCGGAGAGUCCAGUCCAGGAUGAAGAGACCAUCUCUCAGUUGCCUAGCAACAAGGAUGCAGACCAUCUGUCAUCGUCAUCAUCACCAGCACCAGCAACAGCAGGAGGGGGAGAGAGUCCAGAGGAAGGACGGAAGGAGGAGGAGAGAAAGAGGGAGGAACCAGCCGAGUCGAUGGAGAGGAAGGAUGAGGGAUCACAAGAGGGCACUCACAGACAAUCAUCACCAGCAGAGAUGUCAUCCAAUGAACCGGCUUCCGCCCCCGCCCCUCGGCCAGCUCACAACAACCCGCCAGAUCUCCACACCCCUACCAAAGAAAACGGACUGUCCAACAAGCCUGCCACAGGCGAUACUUCUGCUGCAUCCGCGUCCACCUCAGUUGCCAUGGAUAUGCAUGCAUUAUCAGGGGGAGAGGCUGCAGGAGUCAAAGACGCAAGGAACCUGUCACACAUACUGAAGAGGAAAAUAGACGAUGGCAUGGAAAAAUUCCCUAUUUAUAAAUCCAGGGUCCUUGAGGAGGUGAACUUUGAAGCUCAGUUCAGGCAGCUUCCGGAGUAUCAUCCUGAGGACCAUACCAACGAGAGGAACGUCAUGCCCCUCACCGCAGAGGCCAUCGUGAGCAGCUAUAGGAGGAAGAGAAAGGGCUCCACAAGUAAGAGCGAGUGUGAUUCAGACAACGACCCGACCUCGCCCUGCAAGCUCAAGUCACCCCACCGUAGAAGCUCCAGUAGCUCCGAACCCAGUACGCCGGGCAAGAGAGUGAUCGGAGAUGACUCUGUCUUUAAGUUCAGUGACAAGUCCCCCAUGGAGUCUUAUAGUGGCCAUAUGCGAGAUGAUAUAGACGAGUUUGAAGGAGAGCUGGAACGCUCUGCCUCCUCCUCCUCCUCUUCCCUCUCCACACUGCGAAGGAUCUUGGAUCAGAGACGGAUCCUCGUCACCGAACUCUUCAAGAACAAUGGCUAUUUCCCCUCGGCUCCGUCGACUGCUGCAUUCCAGUCCAAACACCAGGACAUGUUCCCUUCAAAGAACUGUCUGCAGCUGAAGAUCCGUGAGGUCCGUCAGAAAAUCAUGCAGCAGUCCUGGGAUGAAGAAGGGCCGGACGGAGAAGCUGCCGUACCAGGUACUCCGUCCACACCAAAGUCUCCAGCGCCCGGUAAACUUCACCUGACGUCUGUGAAGAGUGUUCGCCUAGGCGGUCCCAACCCCUCCAGCAAGAUGGCUCUAUCAUCUACCCCUCUCAGCAGCUCCAACUCUGCCCUCACCGCCAAGUUCACCCUAACUCCAGCCCCGCCCCCAUCCCCCAUGGCACGAGGGGGUUCCCCCAACCCUCAGGGCUCCCCUACCAUGAGCAAGUUCCAUUACUCGCCCCACAUGAGCCAGCAACCCAAGCCCAUGUCACCGUUGGUCAAACUCUCUGCUCCUCAACAGGCCCAACCAGGCUCCCCGGCCCUCCACACCAUCUCGGUUCCCUCGCCUGCUCUGCAGCACGGCCAGACCAUCUUCGUCUAUCCGGCCAGCCCCGGUGUGAACCAGUUCCAGCAUGCUCAAGCUGCCCAGGGCAGACCACCUACCACUAUUAUGCAAGGAAUGGCACCCCCCGGGGCAGCCAGUGGAGGGGUGACACACAUAGCCCUGCAUGGGCAACCUCAUAUCAAUCUUCAAGGCAAUGGAAGUGGUAACCAGACUCCCAAAUGAAAAUGAGAGUACAACCCCCUUUGUAAAGUUUUAAAAAAAAGGCUCCACCCCUUGAGGAGCCCAACUUAUUUUACUUUUCAUAAAUAUCCUUGGAAUGCUAGGCAGGCAAAAGCUCUUAACUAUUUGCUUUGAUGAUGUCGCUGAAGGGGUCGCACACCUAGCCCAUAAAUGGGUCAUAUGCUAAGAAUUUACCUGUUUAUUUGCACAUGAGGCAAGGAGGGGGAAUCUACUUUCCUUGACACUUUGCUUUGGUCUUCAGUGCAGCAAGCUUUAAACAUGAAGUGUGAGCAUAGCAUGCUGUUUACCAAAGUGACUUUCACCUCCAAAGUAUGGAUUUGAUGAACUUGAGAAGUGAAUGAGCCCCAAUCACUGUAUGAGUAGAGAAAGUUAAGCAUCUUGGGGAACUAUCCAGUCACAAGUAAUGAGGAUCAUCUGAUCUAGAACAGCUUUGCUUAGUGGCAGAAAAAAAA